AUGGCGCCGGACCCUCAACACCAUCUCCUCCCUCCAUACGACUCCGACCCGCCCACGCCGCUGAAUCCCCCGCGAUCAUGGAAUCCGCUAGGUCGCUCAUCGCCCGACCAGGCUGCCUACCAUCCCACCGCCGACGACGACUUCAACGAUAUCUCCCGCGAUGCUGGGCUGGGGAUUUCCCAUCUGUCGGGCUCCGAGGAGUCAAUUCCCGCACAUAAAAGGAAGUUAUCGGAGGAUAGCAUCAACGGCCCCAGUGCGAACACUACGCCGGGGCUGUUGAAUCCGUCGCCCAAUUUGCACAGCUCGCAGCAUCUCCUGAAAGAUGGAGGCGUCAAGUGUCCGACGCAGUCGAACAUCUUCCACCGCCGCUUCUCGUGGGUGCCCAUCACCAUUCUGGUGCUGGCCAUCUACGCCACCAUCUUUGCGGGCAUAUAUCUGGUGAUUGCGCUGUUGAAGCCGCGCUGGGGGAAACACGUAGGCGGGGAUGGAGGAUUAGCACCGUCGACGGCCAACCUGCUGAGUGCCUUGUUUGCCAAGACGAUUGAACUGUCGUAUGUCACGGUGUGUGUGGCGUUUCUGGGCCAGGUGCUCAGUCGCCGGGCGCUCACCCAGGGAUCGCAGGGCAUCACCAUUUCCGACAUGAGCAUGCGGGCGUGGAUCAUGCAGCCGGGCUCGCUGAUUGUGCAUUGGGAGACGCUGCGAUAUUCCGGAUUGACCUUCUUGGGUGCGAUCACGCUGACGGCGACGUUGGUGGCGAUGUUGUAUACCACCGCCGCCGAAGCACUGGUCUCGCCCAAACUGCUCAUGGGCCCGCUGGAGGAAACAGUCGUCUGGGGCAAGGUGUCCACCAGCUUCGGCAACACCGACUGGAUCUCGGCGCACUGCAAAACGCCCGUCACCGUCGCUGCAGACCCGGUGAACCGCAACCUCACCUGUCUCGAGAUCGAACACGUCGGCCACGCAUACCACAACUACCAGCAGUGGAUCCAGACAUGGGCCGACAAGGUCGCCGGCGGCAAUGUCACGUCUGACCAGCUCGAGUUUCGGCCGCAACCGACCGGGUCGAUCUACGACAACACCACCGUGACGGGCAGCUGGAUUGAGAUCGACGACAUGACGGAGCUGUCGAGCAAACACGGGCGAAUGGUGAACAACAUCACCAUGGCGAUGCCUCACGGCGGCGUCCUCGGGGCCUCCAUCGAUCCGCGCAACGGCAUCAAACAGCCCCAGGAAGCAUCCGGACAGGGCAAAUACAACAUCGACGCGUCGGUCAUUUCCCCGGCCGUGAAUGUCCUCUGCGUCGGCAUGACCAAGGAAGAACUCUCGCCUCUCAUCUAUACCGAAUGGCCGGACUCGCAGAAAUUCAGUCCCACCAACUGGAGUGUCUCGCCUCCGUCGGACAUCCCACGAUAUCCCUCCUGGCUGAACCGCACCGUUGUCGACGAUCUCUUCGAGUUUGGCGAGAAAAACGGUCAGCGUCCUCCUAUCUUCGGCAAAUACCCCAAGCCAUACAACACCAUCACCAACACGACCGGAUACUGGCCGGCAAACGCCAUCUACAUCCUGGGUGCUGCCCCAUCCGCCGAUACGAAUCCCCCCUAUGUUCUCUGCUCGCUGCGAGCAAAGCAAACAGGCGUCUGCUCGACUCGCUACGAGGCUGCGUCCUCCGGCGCAAAUCUCUACACCAACUGCGAAAACUCCACCAACCCAUUGCAAUACAAUCACCGCGUCAAGGAUACCCCCGAAGGCAUCUGGGAGGCGGACUGGAAGAACAUCGCCUCGGAGUGGGCCAACUCUGUCAGUCUGGGCUCCGGAAUCACAGACGGACAAGCCGCCAACGCCCGUCUCCUCAUGCAGAUGCUGCCGACAUACAACAAAGACGACAACACGUACUCCCUCAGCACGAGUCUCCCUUCUAUCAGUGAAGCCCUCGCCGUCAUGUGCGGCAGCACCUUAAUCCUCAGCACCCAAAACGCCCCCUUCGUCCCAUACUGGAACUACAGCAAGGACAGGGUCCUCGACGAACCCGUCUACCAAUCCUUCCCUUCCAUGCUCCAAGCAGUCGGGUAUGCCUCGGGCGGCACAGAACGCUGGCAAGGCGUCUUCUACCCCAUUCUCGUCUUUGCAUUCAUCACCUCCGGCAUCGUGCUUGUGUUCAUGAUCGUCGAAGUCCGCGGCAAGCAAAUCACAGACUUUACCGAACCGCAGAACCUCUUCGCGCUGGCCGUCAACAGUCCCGCGACGUCCAGAUUGCAAGGCGCGUGUGGCGGCGGCCCGGUGGGCAAACAGCUCAACGAGCGCUGGUUCGUCGGCAUGGAGGAAGACGACGAGCAUUACUACAUCCGCGCAAAGGCAGAAGAACACCUCCCCAGCACGCCCUACUUGGGACACGGCCAGGAGAUAGAAAUGCAGAGUGUCCCCAUCAAACCGGUUAGUCCGGCUGUGGAUGAAUUCCGGCGCGUGUCGAAGAGAGGGAGUUUCCUGGCUAAGUUUUAUUGA